AUACAAUGCUAAUUCUUGUUCGUUGUCUUUUCUGAAAACGGGCACACGAACAAAGAAUUUCAGUUCAUUCUUGAGGUUAUACCUGGGAUUUCGGGAAUGCCUAUUGUUUUCUGCACAAAGCAAACGAAGCAGAAUUUUUCAGAAAUUCUUUGUGUGCGUUCAAAGGACAGGGCUCAGGACAGUCUGAUCUCCUUAAUUGUCAAUUAAUAGUCGUAACUAUAACAAUAAUAGUCGUAACGAGAUAUGUUCACUUACUCUUUCCAAACUGCCCCAUCAAUGAUCGCUCAAGUCAGAAAGAUCAUAAACUCUUGCCACUCUAUAUCUGAGCUCAUCUCCAUAGCAAGUGAGAGUAAGGCUUUAUAUGGCCUUAUAUGACUUAAGUUUUAAAAAAAAAAUAGUUCAGCAGCUAGCAUAAGUUAGGCCUAUUUCCAAAGCAGUGGGAAUGGACCCAAAUAACCUCACAGCUGUGCAAUGUAGGCCAUUCGUGUUAAGACUCAAAAGGCUUCGGUAGUCAGUUCCCAUUGAUUGGACGCUGUGGCUCAAACUCUUGAUCCCUGCUUGUGUCAAACUGUUUCUACUUGCAUAUGACGCCCACGGGAUAAGCCAUUAAAGCUAGAUGUGAGCUGCAGAUUCUGAUCAGCACUCUUGCGGAGCUUACAGAGUAAACAUGCGUGUGCUUAUGGACAGCAGCUGGAUUCAGUUCGGCUCUGCGGGACGGGGCUCAGAUGACUGGGGCACAGGCGCAUCUGCACCUCCAUCAACUGAGGGCCGUCUUAAGGGCUACUGGAACGAGAUGGCUUCAAACAAGGUCGAAGAGAGACCAGAGGCAAAGCUGUACGUUGUCAUAGUAACGGGCUCCUUGCUCUUCCUCGCUGGAAUCGCCUUCUUUGUUUACAAAAGAUGUUACAGGGGGAAGGAGAGCACAGCAAAAAUCAUUACUCUGGAUUUUGAUGACGCUGAUGGCACUGCUGAAUUUCUGUCCACUUUGGAGGAAGGUGAUGGCACUGAAGAUGGGAAUGAUGGGGUUUUUCUGAUGGUUUAUCUCCCUGCUCCAUAUGAGAAAACCCUCACGAAGAUAGCCCGUGCUGCAAGCACCUCCAGCUCACAUAAUGACGUGGAGAUUGUGCAAGUACACACAGAGACCUCCACUGAUCAAGAGUGAACAUUCAAAGAUGAUCGUUUCCCUCUGGUGUAAAAAGUGUGCUGAUCCACAUAACAUAUCAAUAACAAAAAGUAUGUGAUACUAUGGCAGUACAGUUGCUUUCAUUGAAAUACACAGGAUAGUGCAUACAUGUAGCACAGCAGUGCUACCUAAUACCUUUACUGUACCAUGGUGCCAGCACACCAGUAUUUGGAAGGGAAUAGUGCCAGAUCUCUAUAAAAAUGGCAUGUCAUGUAGUAUUUUUUUUAUACUGUACCAUAAUGCAGUAGUUUUAGGUAACAUUUUAUUUUGAUGUAUUUUAUUAAGUCCACUUUAGACCCUCUACAGUAAGUAACUAAUGACUGCUAGUUCACAUUUAGCUUCACAGAGUAUUAGGCUGCGUUUACACUGGAACAAAAUAAAAUUCUAUCUUUUGCUCACAUCGGAUUUUGUUGCACACGUGUAAGUACAAAAAUCUGCACGAGGUCCGAUUUUUUCGUAUCCGAUCUGGGCCUCUUCCAAAUGUGUUUUUUAAUCGUGUACACAUCUGAUAUCUGAACAUGUCUAAACACGCAUAUCGGAUUCUCAGAGGAACUCCUAAGGCAAGGGCGACACGUUUACCCAUAAACACAGCGUUAAUACAGCCUAUAUAAGGCGGGAACUUUAUAUGUAACAUCCAGUACCUAGAGCAACAUUCAGGAGCUGGUUUUCAACACAUGACCCGUCUUUAUAAAUACACACUCACUAACAUUAACGUCUAGUUUAACGUUCUACUUACUUAGUGUAUAAUACCCAGAAAAUUAAGGUUUUUGUCCUUAUUUGGAUUGAGGUUGAAUGCUUUACAGUAGGGACAUUUUGCUAUUUUAUUCGGAUUCAGGAAAUUGAAUAAAAUAAAUCAUAAUGCCUAUCCUCUCGGGAUACCUGUAAUCAGUGUUACAAGUACCCCAGACACAUCGUUUUUCCUUUUUUGAAGCAUAAACCCCAUAAAACCAUGCAAGCUUCAGGUCCUCCAAUGCUCUUUUAUCGUUGGAAACCUACAGAUGUCCGAGUUCCACUCUCAGUGCAACUGAUACUCGACUGUCAUUGGCUCAUCUGCUUUGGAAUGAAUGAAACAAAUGUUACAGAAAUGAGACAAAUGAAAAUCUCCGCUAUAUCCCCAUCUAUAUACGUUCAGUCAGAUUUUGUGCUUCAAAACAUCCAUGACAGCUGUUGUCAAUGCUGGGAAAUAAUAAUGGCUGCUCGACGUGGAUUGAGGAAACAGCACGGCCGUUCAGAACCCGAGGGUCUACCAUGUGCAAAGUACAGCCAUCACGAUUAAUGUAAACAUAGAUACCGGAUACCAGUUGUUAAAAUUAAUGUAAACAGUCAGACCAAAAAUAUCGGAUCUGUGCAUUAAGACUUGCAGGGUAAACGCAGCCAAUCAAAAUAAAGUGUAGCCUAUUUUUUAGUAUUAUAUAGUAUUAUAGUAGAAUAUUAUAUAUAACAAAGUGUGUAUACACAUAUAAAAUACAGUCUUGUUUAAAUGUUAAAUGUUGAUAAGUCAUGCAACAUUUUUACAUUUGGAAACUGUAUGUAUCUCAUUUAUGGUAACACAAAAAAUGUUUCUAUCAGGAAUUAACCUGCUCUUUUUCUUUUUAAGUUAGUUAGCAGUGAUAUUUAUUAUCA